UGACCAAUCACAUGUGGUCCAACACUGAUGACGCAAUUCAAGCGUGCCUGUUGAAAACGGAGGAUGUCAAGGCUCCUCGUCAGAGUCUUAUCAUCUGCACACACUCUGAGAAACCUAAAACCUGCUGCUGCUGUGCGCCGGAGCCUGUGUUCUGCAGCCUCCGUCUGUCCUGACUCUGUUUUCAAGCCCAUAAUGGAGCCAAAACUUUACCAGCCGCCUCCAGGGGUUCGAGGUAUGACCUCGCUGGACAAAGAGGCCUUCACACAAAGCAUUUCUGUCCCAGCUCUACGGGUGCCCACCAGUGUCUUGAACAAAGUGAUUAAGAGCCUGAAAAAGUGCGCCCUUCAGCGCCCAGGAUUGUCCAGAGUGGUACAAGAUACAGAAGACAGUGGGGACUUUCGUCUAUUCCUGUUGGACCCUCACAGAAUUUCCUCAAAAAGCUCCUUCUCUGAGGCUGAAGCUGAGGCUCUGAGGGCUUUUGGCGUUGAUGACGAGCUUGUGUCUCAUGAGCUGCAGCUGACCUACGACAACCUGAAGAGUGAAGAAGUGCUGGAGGCUGUGCUGCCUCAGGGCCAGGAUGUGACCUCUGGGUUCAGCCGGGUGGGACACAUCGCACACAUGAACCUGAGGGAACACCAGCUCCCAUACAAGAACCUCAUAGGUCAAGUUAUCAUGGACAAAAACCCCAGUGUGACCUGUGUGGUCAAUAAGACAAACACAAUUGACUCAACGUACCGCAACUUUAAGAUGGAGGUGCUGGCCGGAGAGGAGAACAUGGUGGCCAAAGUGAAAGAAAACGGGGUGACUUACGAGUUCGAUUUCUCCCGCGUGUACUGGAACUCCCGGCUGAGCACCGAGCACCAGCGCGUGGUGGAGCUCGUCAAACGCGGCGACACGGUCUUCGACGUGUUCGCCGGCGUGGGACCCUUCGCCAUCCCCGCCGCGCGCUCGGGCGCCACCGUGUUCGCCAACGAUCUCAACCCGGAGUCGCACCGAUGGCUGCAGCACAACCGCAAACUCAACAAGGUGGAGAGCAAAGUCCAGACGUUCAACCUGGACGGCAGGGCUUUCAUCCAGGGACCUGUGAAGCAGGAGCUGCCUGCGCUGUUGAAAGGAAAAGGCAGCGUUCACGUGGUGAUGAACUUGCCUGCCUUGGCUUUGGAGUUUCUGGAUGCAUUUCGAGGUCUCCUGCAGGAGCAGGCUCCCUGUGAUGACCAUCUACCCACAGUCUACUGCUACGGCUUCUCGAAAGACGACGACCCCGAGACAGAUGUGGUGAGGAGGGCGUCGCACAGCCUCGGAUUCUCCCUGGAGAACAGAUGCUCUGUGCAUUUUGUGCGUAAUGUAGCGCCCAACAAGGACAUGAUGUGUGUGAGAUUUACACUCCCUAAAGAGGUCCUCUUCGGCAGCAGCAGCAGCAGCGAACAAACAGAGUCUUCAGGAGAACCAGUCCCAAAGAGACAGAAGUGUGAAGAAACCACAGAUUCAACAUAACAUGUGCUAUUUUAGUUGGAAGCUUUCGUUAAAAAAAAUAUAGGAAUAUCGCACGAGUUACAGAUGUUUAAUCUUGCCAUCGGAAAUUAUGGCAAGAAGCAAACCUUGGUUAAAUACUUUAUCACCCUCUGAUCAUAUCAUUUUGUUCACUCAUUUUUAAAUAAACCUGUAAAAUGACACAAA